GGAGGGAAUCAUCUCAGGUUCCGGGGCCACCCCUAGAGUUUCUGAUUCAGGAAGUCAGGGGCCUGAGAAUUUGCAUUUCAAGUUCUCAGGUGACAUUGAAGGUACUGGUCCAGGAAGCAAAACUGGAGAAACACUUAGUAGAAACGUCUUCAAAUCUAGUGCCACCUUCUCCACUGAUUGCCCUUGAGCGAAGUGCCAGCUUCUGUCGUGGGUGGAUGGACGGACACACGGAUGGAUAAGGAUGGAUGGGUGGGUGGAUGGACGGACGGACGGAUGGACCCAUGGACGAGGUUGCACACAAGACAGUAAAGAUAGAAGCUCUACCACAUUUCAGAGUUUUCAUGUCUCCUGAUGAGGGCUAACAACUCCUAGCUCUUUGCAUGUUGAAGGAACAAAUCAUUGGUUUGCAUCAGGACGUAAGCAGUGAGGCCGUUCAGCCCCGGGACCCUUACUCUUUAUCCAGACAUCUUCCUUUCUGCCCUUUCGGUCCCAUCAUCUCAUCUUUUACACCACCUUUAACCACAAGGCAAGAAGCUAAAUGCAACUGCUGUCCCAGCUGCUAACUCGGCCUGUUGGGGGCAGGGAUGCUGUCCCAGCACCAUCAUUCUAGCAGCACCUGAGUACAUGGUGUUCACGUGUCUGACCUGUUCCCUUUAAGGACCCAGGCGUCCCACAGUCGUGUCCUCUGAAAGCCGUGAUCAGUUUGCAAGAAGUGAGGCUUUGUAGGGUUCCUAUCGCUGAGCUCCCUAGAGAGCCCCGACAGAGGGAAGCGGAUGUAGCUUUGUGCCAGGCCUGACCUGAGCCGUCUCUUUGUAGGGAAAACAGACACCGUUGGGUGGAGAGGACGUGCAGGAGACUGACGGCCCGGGGGAGGGGCCGCUGCAGCCACAGCCUGUCCUCGCCUGUGCGGCGGACUCCGCUGGGCGCUGGGUUGUUCCUAAGGAAACCGUUCGGCUCUGCGGCUGGUCGUUGUGGUCCUGCCGCCCCCCUGCACUCCCGCCCCACCUGGGACAGCCUGGCUUCAGCCCAGGACUGCCACCUCCGCCCCCGGCGCGCCCACUUCUCGCCCGAGGCGGGCUCUGCCCUGGUCGUGCCUGGUCCCUCCAGGAUGUGCCUGCCUGGGCAGGGGACUUCCUCCCUUCUGCGUGGCAGGGCUUGUGGUGGCUCUUCUGUGUCCAGGGUCUCUGGUGACGCUCACCCCUUCCUCCGGACCCCCGACUGGUGCCCACGCCCUGUGGUUGGCAUCGCUGGGGCUGAGCUGCCUUUUCUCUGUACCAGCCUGAGUCCUACAGCCCGUGAGGCGGCCCGGCCCCCCUCCCCUACCAUCCGCGCUGCGAGGAGGGCGGUCACCUCUCCCCGCCCCCUCGUAACACUUCCUAGGGGCUUGCUCAGGAUGGUAGGCGGGAGCACAGCCCUUCUCAGCUUUGUAAAGGGGAAGCAAUGGCUUUAUCUGAAGAGCUUCUACACACGGCGAAGCAGUAAGUGGUGCUGAGGGCAGCGUUUGCUGAAGUUUCGUGAACGUGCCUUGGUCACCCGCCCUUGCAGCUGUCCUCUGUCUUGAGAUGCUUGGUGCAACCCUGGUUUCCUCCCCGGGACUGAGCAGGGCUGUCUUUCUGAUUUGCCAGGUACCGCCUCUGAGGUUCCAGAAGCGCCAGGCUUCGCGUCUCCUCGAGAUGUGGGGACUGUCCUCUUCCUGGGGAAGUUGUACUUCUCCUGGGUUGCUUCAGAGAGUGAACCCGCGAGAUGAGGAUGCAGGGGGAUCUUGGGGUGAGCGCCCCCCGGCUGAUCGGCAGCUGGAACCUGGUUCUUUCUUCUCUGAUGAAAUCAUGCACCACGACAUCAGCCCGCUCUGUGCUGCCGACAUCCAGGACCAGCUGCAGAAGCGCUUUGCGUACCUGUCUGGUGGGCGGGGGCAGGACGGCAGCCCCGUCAUCACCUUCCCCGACUACCCGGCCUUCGGCGACGUCCCCGACAAGGAGUUCCAGAAUGUCAUGACCUAUCUCACCAGCAUCCCCAGCCUGCAGGAUGCUGGCAUCGGGUUCAUCCUGGUCAUAGACCGCAGGCAGGACAAAUGGACCUCGGUCAAGGCGUCCAUCCUGAGAAUAGCGGCAUCCUUCCCAGCAAACCUCCAGCUUGUCCUCGUCCUGCGCCCAACGGGAUUUUUCCAAAGGACGCUCUCUGACCUCGCCUUCAGGUUCAACAGAGAUGACUUUAAGAUGAAGGUACCGGUCAUAAUGCUGAGCUCCGUCCCGGAAUUACACAGUUACAUUGACAAGUCCCAGCUGACCGAGGACCUGGGCGGGACACUGGAUUACUGCCACUCCAGGUGGCUCUGCCACCGCACAGCGAUAGAGAGCUUCGCCCUCCUGGUUAAGCAGACAGCUCAGAUGCUGCAGGCCUUCGGGACCGAGCUGGCCGAGACGGAGCUGCCCAACGACGUACAGUCCACGAGCUCCGUGCUCCAUGCCCACACGGAGAAGAAGGACAGGGCCAAGGAGGACAUGAGGCUGGCGCUGGACGAGGGGCGGAGCGUCCUGGAGAGCAUCCGGGAGCCGCUGGCCCGGGGCCCGGAGCAGAGCCCGAACCAGGACCAGCUGGAUAGUCAGAGCACCGUGCAGAGGCUCCUGGCCCAGCUGAGUGAAACCGAGGCCGCCUUUGAUGAGUUUUGGGCAAAACAUCAGCGAAAACUGGAGCAGUGCCUGCAGCUCCGGCACUUCGAGCAGGACUUCCGAGAGGUCAAAGCCGCCUUGGACGUGUUGGCCCAGAAGAUCACGACCUUCACCGACGUGGGGAACAGCCUGGCGCAUGUGCAGCACCUCCUGAAGGACCUCGCCAGCUUCGAGGAGAAGUCCAGCGCGGUCACGCAGCGGGCCCGCACCCUGGCCCUGGAGGGUGAGCGGCUCAUUGAGCUGAAGCACUACGCCGUGGACUCCAUCCGCCCCAAGUGCCACGAGCUCCGCCAGCUGUGUGACCAGUUUGCAGCUGACGUCGGGCGGAGGAGAGGGCUGCUGGGCAGGGCGCUGGAUCUGCACGGCCUCCUCGAGGCGUCCAUGAAGUGGUGUGACGAGGGCAUCUACCUGCUGGCCUCGCAGCCGGUGGACAAGUGCCAGGCCCAGGACGGCGCCGAGGCGGCCCUCCAGGAGGUCGAGAAGUUUCUGGAGACGCGUGCGGAAAACAAGAUCCAGGAGCUCAGUAAAAUCUACCAGGACUACGAACCCAUCCUCACCCGAGACCUGUUGGAGCACGUGCAGAAGGUCUUCCGGAAGCAGGAGAGUGUGGAGGAGAUGUUUCACCGGAGACAGGCGAGCCUCAAGAAGCUGGCUGCCAAGCAGACGCGGCCCGUGCAGCCAGUGGCCCCCCGGCCAGAGGCACCCGCGAAAUCGCCCUGCCCCUCCCCGGGCAUCCGGAGAGGCUCCGAGAUCCACAGUUCUGAGGGCAGCGUGCUCCGGAGGGGGCCCUACAGGAGGGCCAGGAGUGAAGUGAGUGAGGGCCGGCAGGGCCGUGGCCGCUCCACCGGGGACGAGGAGAGCCUGGCCGUCCUGCGGAGGCACGUGAUGAACGAGCUUCUGGACACAGAGCGGGUCUACGUGGAGGAGCUGCUGUGCAUUCUGGAGGGCUACGCUGCUGAGAUGGACAACCCUUUAAUGACACAUCUCAUCUCGACGGGACUUCAAAACAAGAAGGAUGUUCUGUUUGGAAACAUGGAAGAAAUUUACCACUUUCAUAACAGAAUAUUCCUGAGGGAGCUGGAGAACUACAUAGACUGCCCAGAGCUGGUUGGAAGGUGCUUUCUAGAAAGGAUGGAGCAGUUCCAGGUCUACGAGAAGUACUGCCAGAACAAGCCGCGCUCCGAGAGCCUGUGGAGACAGUGCUCCGACUGCCCGUUCUUCCAGGAAUGCCAGAAGAAGCUGGACCACAAGCUGAGCCUCGACUCCUACCUGCUGAAGCCAGUCCAGAGGAUCACCAAGUACCAGCUGCUGCUCAAGGAGAUGCUGAAAUACAGCAAGAGCUGCGAGGGGGCCGAGGACCUGCAGGAGGCCCUGAGCUCCAUCCUGGGCAUCCUCAAGGCGGUGAACGACUCCAUGCACCUGAUCGCCAUCACGGGCUAUGAGGGGAACCUGAGCGACUUGGGGAAGCUGCUGAUGCAGGGCUCCUUCAGCGUCUGGACGGACCACAAGAAGGGCCACGCCAAGGUGAAGGACCUGGCCAGGUUCAAGCCCAUGCAGCGCCACCUGUUCCUGCACGAGAAGGCCGUGCUCUUCUGUAAGAAGCGGGAGGAGAACGGCGAGGGCUACGAGAAGGCCCCGUCCUACAGCUUCAAGCAGUCCCUGAACAUGACGGCCGUCGGCAUAACGGAGAACGUGAAAGGGGACGCGAAGAAGUUCGAGAUCUGGUACAACGCCAGAGAGGAGGUGUACAUCGUACAGGCACCAACUCCUGAAAUCAAGGCCGCCUGGGUGAGCGAGAUCCGGAAGGUGCUGACAAGCCAGCUGCAGGCGUGCAGAGAGGCCAGCCAGCACCGAGCCCUGGAGCAGUCCCACAGCCUGCCCCUGCCCGCGCCCGCCGGCACCAGUCCCUCUAAAGCGAACACAAAAGACGUCAGAAAGUUGGAAGAAAGAAAAACGGACCCGCUGAACCUGGAGGGAUACGUGGGCCCCGCGCCACUGCCGAGGCCCCCCGAGAAGGACAGAGAUGACGCGGUCACUAGCUCUACUUCAGAAAGCUCUGCGCUUUCCAAAAAGCGCUUCACCCUGCAGAGCUUUGCUGCCCUCAAAGGUCAGAAAGCCUCUCCUACCAGUCCCGACAAAAAAGCUAAGCGACACCAAGUAAAGAGCGACCCAACGCCUUUUGGUUUACGAGGUUGGAGCAAAACGUCUAACCCGCCAGAGGCUCCUGAGGACAACGACGGCUGGUCCAGUGCCGAGGAGCCGGUCAACUCCUCGGACGCAGAGGAGGAAGGGAGAGCAGGCCUCAGGAAGCUGGUCCCCGGGAAGUACACCGUCACGGGGCUGGACGAGAAGGGGGGCCCCGACGCGCUGGUCCUGAGGAGCGGGGACGAGGUGGAGCUGGUGCAGGAGGGCGACGAGGGCCUCUGGUUCGUGCGGAACGUGAGCUCCGGCGGCGAGGGCUGGCUGCCAGCCCGCAACCUGUCCGCGCUCCUCGGCCAGCGCGGCGCCCCCGGGUGCCUGAGCAGCCCAGAGUCCAGCGCGGGGUCGGCCCUGCUGAGCGCCUCGUCCAGCUGCAGCGAGAGCUGCGCGGCCGCCCUCGCGGACCUGCAGGGGUAGCGCCGCGGCCACCCCGCCUGCGGCCCUGGGAGCUGGCCUCUGCUCGGGCCGGCGCGGCGUGGGGAGGGGCCGGCGCCCACAGAACCGCCCACGGAACCCCGGCGCCGCCGCGGCCCCAGACGAAGGUUCGGGAAGAGUCCGCCCUGCGGCCUCGGCGCCGGGACCGCGCGCGCGCGCCCCAGGGCGCAGGAAGAGCGCGGCACUGCGGCUUCCUCGGGGAGUCGGACGGACGGGGCUGCAGACGACAGGCCUCCGGUGCAGAAGGGCUCCCGGGGACUCCCCUUUGGCCUCGGCCGCAGCCGCUCCCCUUUGGUUUCUGACGUUUCUGGUCCGGUGCUUUCUGCAGGAACACGCGUUCUGUGGAGCUGCUUCCAAAAGAAGUGACCGAUUCACUGACCCAGCGGCUUGGUGCGGGGGCAGGAGGCUAGUUUGUCUUAUACACAUUUUUUUUUUAAAGCAAGGAUUAAUUCUACGGCCAUCUUUUUGGUGAUACUUUGGCCUCUGAUCUUUACCAAGAAUCACUGUGUUUACGUGAAAUGACAAUUUCAUACUGUAUUUGAUAUAAAACUAUUUUUUGUUACUGGGGUUUACAUGGCGCUGAAUGAUUUGGGGGACACGCUCUCGUGGAAACAGCCCACCUGGUCACAGGUGAGUGGAAGGACAUCCCUCGGUAGAAUCAGGCAGCGUUUCUACAAACACAGGCAGUUAGAAACCAAGGAAAUUCCUUCACCUGUGUAGGUUAAUUUUCAAAGGAAAAUGU